CGGAAAUCAUAAACGUGCGGACAGCGUACUGCUGCUGCAGUUGCUUUGUACACGAUCAAAAAUGAAGUCGAUAAAAAUCUGAAAAAGUAAACAUGUUCCAGCGAGGUGCUCUGGUUGCAAUGGCUGCUUUCCGCUGCCCACCUGAAGUUCUUCUUCGAUCAGCUGCUAGAGGCAAGACCGUUUGCGGAGCUCCUCUACUUACAAGUAGCACCAUUGGUCUUCGCAAUGUAGCUGGCGUCCGACAUACCCACAGGGCGGCAGUGUGUAAUGAAUUGGGGAAACCCCUGACCAUCAGCCAGGUACCGAGUAUCGACAGCCUAUCAGAUGGACAGGUGCGCGUGGCCAUCCAUACUUGUGGGGUCAAUUUCUCGGACAUUCUGACAGUGGCCGGUCAAUACCAAGUCAAGCCACCGCUACCAUUCACACCAGGAAAUGAAGUUGCAGGAGAGGUCCUAGAAGUAGGUGAGGGUGUGACUGCCGUCAAGAAGGGAGAUCGUGUGGCGGGAUGUUUAGCCAUGGGAUCUGGCUUUUCUGAAGAAUGCGUGGCUUAUGAAGAUGAUUUGUUUCAAAUCCCAGACUCCAUGGGUUACGAGGAGGCUGCAGCUCUGCCCGUGUCUUACGGCACGGCGUGGAUGGGGCUGACCCGACGGGCCAACACCCAGCCUGGUGAGACUGUUCUAGUGACUGCAGCUGGUGGUGUGGGCUUGGCAUCAGUGGACCUGGCUUCCCAUGUGAUUGGUGCUAAGGUUAUCGGUGCCGCCGGGGGACCAGAGAAAUGCAAGCUGGUUACCGACAAGGGAGCUGUGGCUGUGAUUGACUACAAGCAGGACAGCAUGCGAGAGAAGACUAAAGAACUGACCAAGGGACGAGGAGCUAACGUGAUCAUGGAUGCCGUGGGAGGGGAUGUAUUCAAAGAAUGCUUGAGAUGCAUCUCCUGGGAGGGUCGUCUGGUCGUCAUCGGCUUUGCCAGCGGCGACAUCCCCAAGAUUCCCGCCAACCUCCUACUGGUCAAGAACGUAUCGGCCGUGGGUCUGUUCUGGGGGAACUACCGCUUGAACGACCCGCCCAGGAGCCGUCAGUCGGUGGAGGAUUGUAUCGGGUUCUUCAAGGAGGGCAAGAUCAGACCUCAUGUCUGUAAGACCUUCCCGCUAGACAAGGUCAACGAAGCAUUCCAGUUUGUCUUGUCGAGGAAAUCGACGGGCAAAGUUGUUGUGACGAUGAGGAGCUGAGUGCAUCCCGGAGCUGUUACGAGGGGGCGUGGCCCAGAGUGGGCGGGCCGGGCAGGGCGGGGCCGGCCAGGGCGUGGCCAAACAGAGUCAUUCUCUACCCAGUCUGUGCCUCGCGAGGCAAAAGUAGAUAUAAAUUAUAUAGAAUUUUUUUAUGAAUGAAAGUGGAAAUUUUAUAAAAAUUUCUCAAGGUUUUCAUUCAUGAGAGCAUUAAAAAAAUUGCUUCAGUAUCAUGUUGUUUAAACCUUGGGCUUUACCCAUCGCUAAUAUCAAUACCUUUUGAUUCAGUCUUGCGGAAAUUAAGGUUUUUUUAAGAGUAUCUUAACAAAAUUUGUAAAGGAAUAAUAUAUUAAACAAGUGAAAACUCGAGGUUGAA